AAUAUUCCAAAGCUUUCUACUUUGAAGCACAAAUGGGUCAAAGUUUCAUUUUGGGACUAUUUUGUGAUUUCUAGUAUAUGUGUAGACCGACUCUAAAGGUCUGUCAUGUUUUGCCAAAACUGCCAAGGCCACCUCCGGCUGUGUGUCCAACUCUUGUUACCCUCAAAAUGUCACCCAUACAAAGGGUGAUGAGUUUUGGAAGGAAAGUUUUGCUGUCUUGUGCUGCAGCUGUCUCUGUUUGGUUAAUGCUGCAAACAAGGAAGGGUUUCACUAGUUCCUUUUGUCCCAUGAGAGAUUAUAAUUUGCUUCCAGCCAACCCUAAUGGUCCUUGUAUUUUGGCACCACCGCCAGUUGGCUAUGCUACCAGGGACACUUCAAGCUCUGGUUACCCCCAAAAUGUCCACAUCCAAAGCAAGGGUGACAACUUUUGGAAGGGAUGGUGUGUUUCCUCCCUUCUCAAAUUCUCUUUCUGUUUCUGAUUUUCUUUAGCUGAUGAAUGAUGAUAUACCUUAUUUGUUUUCUUCUCCAGUUUUGCUGCUUUGUGCUGCUGCUGUCUGUUUGAUUUUUGCUGCCGCUAAGAAGACCGGGAUUUCUAUGAUUCUCAUUUUCUACAUCUGAAUGUAGUUCCUAUUGCUCAAUGGAACAAUAAUUUACUGGUGGUAUUCCUUUCCUUGCAUAAAUUGCAUUAUCCAUU